AUGACAAAGUGCUUAGACACUGAUGUCACCGAUAACCUUCUCGAUGAGUUGGAAGCACAUGGAAGCAGUGACGUGGAUGGACGUUUGGGAUGGACAAUAGUCGAGAAACGGCCCAACCCGACUGCCAUCUCUGAUCUCAUUGGCUCUCAUGUCACUAGAAUUGCCGCAGGAGCUUGUCACACAAUUGCUAUCAUCAAAGGAUCACCAUAUCCAUUUGGAUUGAAUUCCAGCGGACAACUUGGAAAUGGAAAGAUUAUGACUCAGUCAACACCGAGAAAAACUGAUGACUUGGAUCAUGUCACUGGAGUUUUCGCUGGCUAUCACCAGACUUUCUUUGUCAGAUCUUCAGGAACAAUUGAGCUAAACGAAAUUGUCGGGCCAAGUUAUCCGGUGAAAUAUCCGUCGAAAGUUGAUAGAGAUAGUUUCGAGAAAAUUCUUCAUUCAGGAGAGAAACUUGACCUGAUGGCUCUUGUUGAAAAUGUAUUUUCAUCUUUGAGUUGUAUCAACAACUCAUUUUUAUUCAAAGAUGAACGUCGUUACAAUGUGAGUUCCGAUCGAUCUCAUGGAAUCGAUUUGGAUCAAGUUAUGGAGACAUUCAUGCUUUUCGAUGAAUCACCUGCAAAAAAACAAUUUCUAGAUCUGGUUGUUGAUUCUUUGUCUAUUGCUUAUUCAUCCUGGAAUCCAAAAUUGUUGAGUGUUGAAGGUCUCCGUCUUUUCCUCAUUCUUCCAUGGCUUCCAGUUUUCACUGAAAAUGUCACCACUGAUACAUUGAUUCGAGUUCAUGCUCCAUUUGUUGAGGCUAUGUGCAGUUUGAAUGAGCAGUUGGGUUCCACGUUAGAAUCAUGGUGGUCUCAACUGUCAACCCGGCAUUUUCGUAGAAUGGUCGCAGUCUUCAAAACAGCAGUCCGAACGCUGCUUCAUGCUGAAAAGGGACCAGCUACUUGUCAACAUUAUUUACACAUUCUUCAGAAGUUGUUCCUCAUCAAUCAAUCAUACCAUACAAUCCCACUGGAAACAUUCUACAUUGAGGAAAUCAGUUCAAUAAUCAAUCUGAAAUUGGAAUAUUACAAUAUGGUCACUAAACAACAUUCAUUCAAAACUGACAAGGAUUAUUGGACAUACUAUCCAUUCCUUUUGAAUGGAUUGGCUAAAGGAGAACUUUUGUUUGUAGAGGCUGGGUUGAUACAGGCUAUUCAUGCACAAAAUGCGAUGCUGACAUCUGGUGGAUUUGGAGAUAAUCCCGCAAAUAUUCUGCACUGCGAAAUAUCAGUUCGUCGUGAUUUCAUUGUAGCUGAUACAAUGCUGAAACUGUCUUCACUGAGUGAUGCUGACCUGCGAAAAGCAUUCAAAGUCAAAAUUAUUGGAGAAGAGGCUGAUGACGCUGGAGGUGUUCGAAAAGAAUUUUUCUUAAUUGUCAUGAGAAAAAUAUUGCAACCAGAAUACGGGAUGUUCUCAGAAGAUGAAGAAUCUCAUUUGGUUUGGUUCAGUGGUCUAUCGGCGGAAUUCUGUGAAAGAGAGCAGUUCAGACAACUGGGAAAACUUGUUGGACUGGCUGUAUAUAAUAGUGUCAUUGUUCCAUUCCCAUUCCCAUUAGCUCUCUAUAAGUUCCUCCUCGACACUCCACCAACUCUUGACGAUCUUAGUGAACUAUCUCCAUCUGAAGGAAAAGGACUCCAAGCAUUGAUCGAUUAUGAGGGAGAUGAUGUUGAGGAUGUAUUUGGUUUGAAUUUUUGUAUCACAUUCGAUGUAUUUGGAGAAAAGAAACAAGUUGAAAUGGUACCAGGAGGCGAAGAUAAAGCAGUCACAAAUGCGAACCGAGAUGAAUACGUUAGGCUGUUUGUGCGACACCGUCUGGAACUUGGGCUCAAUAACGAAAUCGCAGAACAAGCUCUCAUGUUCCGCAAAGGAUUCACAGAUGCUCUCCACAGCCGAGUGCUUCGAUUUUUCCAGCCCAGAGAACUGAUGGAAUUAAUUGUUGGAAAUGAGAAUUACGAUUGGAACGAAUUCAGAGAUCUCGUCGACUACAAAGGCGAAUAUACAGCAGCUCAUCCCGCUAUUCAAGCAUUCUGGAAAGCUUUCUUCGCAUUAGACGAAGAAGAACGGAAGAAGUUCCUUCAAUUUUUAAGUGGAUCAACUCGUCUUCCUCUUGCUGGAAUGAAAGAAUUGAAGGCUGUAAUUCAGCCAUCGUCUCCAGAAUCACUUCCUGUUGCUCAUACUUGCUUCAAUCUUCUGGAUCUUCCAAACAUUUCGGACGAUGUCGAAAUGCUCCGACGUCUUCGGAUUUCUAUUGAACAUACCGAAGGAUUCACGCUUGUCUGA